AGGAGGAGGGAUGGCACUUUAAAUAUGGAAAAAGACACGCUGCGCGCACAGUCUCUUUCCACGCGCUCCCAGCUGGACACAAAACGAGCCCCCUUCUGCAAGAUGUUAGCGAGCUGAGCAAGUCCAGCACUCGUCCUCACGAGGAUCGUGUCUCGCAUGUCACAGCUGAUUUGCGGAGUCGAAGGAACCCUUCCAGCGAGACAGCUCCGAGCUCCCGGACUUCUCUCUUACGUUGAUCCACGGGGAAAGCGCGACGGCCAGAGUGGGUGAAGCUUUCCAACCAUCGAACCACAAGAGGGACUUGAAGUGAGCAGAAGGACCGCUGGACGCCAGGCCGACCAUCGGUGUAGGCGACGUUUGUCAGGCACCAUGAGCUCCGAGAAGAGCAAAAUGGAGGAUGAAGCCGUGCUGGACAGAGGGGCGUCCUUUGUCAAACAUGUCUGCGAUGAAGAGGAAGUAGAAGGUCACCACACUGUGUACAUUGGUGUCCAUGUUCCCAAAAGCUACCACCGGAGGAGACGCCAUAGACGCAAGUCUAGCCACAAGGAGAAGCGGGAACGAGCCGAACAGAGCACGGAAGGAUACAAGUCCGAUGGGGAGAACCCAGAUGAAUCCACUGCAAACAUCCUUAAACCACUUAUUUCUCCAGCUGAGAGGAUCAGGUUUAUCCUGGGGGAGGAGGAUGACGGCCCCCCACCACCUCAGCUCUUCACUGAGCUGGACGAGCUACUGUCUGUGGACGGGCAGGAGAUGGAGUGGAAGGAGACAGCCAGAUGGAUCAAGUUUGAGGAGAAGGUGGAGAAGGGCGGCGAGCGCUGGAGCAAGCCUCACGUGGCCACGCUGUCCUUACACAGCUUGAUGGAACUCAAAAAGUGCAUCGAGAGGGGCACAAUUAUGCUGGACCUGGAGGCCUCCACGCUGCCACAGGUUGUCGAGAUGAUCACCGACAGCCAGAUUGAGACCGGCCAGUUGAAGGCGGACCUGAAGGAGAAGGUCAUGUACACGCUGCUACGGAAACAUCGCCACCAGACCAAGAAGUCCAACUUGCGCUCCCUUGCAGACAUUGGCAAGAGUGUUUCCAGUGCAAGUAGGCUGUUUUCCAACCAGGAGAACGGUAGCCCAACUACUGCCCAUCGAAACCUCACUUCCAACAGCCUGAGUGACUUCUCUGACAAACCAGAGAAGGAUCAGCUGAAGAACAAGUUCAUGAAAAAAUUGCCCCGUGAUGCCGAGGCAUCAAACGUGCUGGUUGGAGAGGUAGAUUUCCUGGAAACUCCUUUUGUGGCUUUUGUUCGUCUGCAGCAGGCUGUCAUGCUGGGGGCUCUAACUGAGGUCCCUGUGCCCACAAGAUUUCUCUUUGUGCUGCUGGGUCCCAAAGGUAAAGCAAAGUCCUAUCAUGAGAUUGGAAGAGCCAUUGCCACCCUGAUGUCAGAUGAGGUAUUCCAUGAUAUCGCUUACAAAGCGAAGGACAGGCAGGACCUGCUGGCUGGUAUCGAGGAGUUCCUGGAUGAGGUCAUCGUCCUGCCACCUGGCGAGUGGGACCCUGACAUCAGGAUAGAGCCCCCCAAGUCUCUGCCUUCCUCGGACAAGAGGAAAAACAUGUAUGCCGGAUUAGAGGCACCUCAGAUGAAUGGCGACACUCCCCAUGAUGCGGGACAUGGAGGGGGAGGAGGUCACCAGGUUGGAGAGGAGCUUCAGCGUACAAGGAAGUUCUGUGGAGGUCUUAUCCUGGAUAUCAAGCGAAAGCUGCCAUUUUUUGGCAGUGACUUCUGUGAUGCACUGCAUAUCCAGUCUCUGUCUGCCAUCCUGUUCAUCUAUCUGGGCACAGUCACCAAUGCGAUCACAUUUGGAGGCUUACUUGGAGAUGCUACAGACAACAUGCAGGGGGUGUUGGAAAGUUUCCUGGGUACAGCGCUGACAGGAGCAGUGUUCUGUCUGCUGGCUGGUCAGCCCCUGACUAUUCUCAGCAGCACGGGCCCGGUGCUCGUCUUCGAAAGACUCCUCUUCAACUUCAGCAAAGACAACGGCUUCGACUACCUUGAGUUCCGGCUGUGGAUUGGCCUGUGGUCGGGUAUAUUCUGUCUGGUGCUGGUCGCCACGGACGCAAGCUUCCUGGUGCAGUACUUCACGCGCUUCACCGAGGAAGGCUUCUCUGCGCUCAUCAGCUUCAUCUUCAUCUACGACGCUUUCAAAAAGAUGAUAAAGCUGGCCCACCACAACCCGAUCAACACCGAAUACGAUCCCAACCUCGUCACUCACUACGACUGCCGGUGCACGCCUGGCAACUCAUCAGAACUUGUUGAUGUCACUGCCUGGACAAACAGUACUGAUCUGCCAAUGAAUGCCACCUGGGCGUCCCUGAACAGGCAGCAGUGUCUGAAGUUUGGAGGGCGGCUGGUCGGAGAUGCCUGUGGCUACGUGCCUGACAUCACCCUGAUGUCCUUCAUCCUGUUCUUUGGGACCUACACCUGCUCCAUGGGUCUGAAGAAGUUCAAGACGAGCCGCUUCUUCCCCACCACGGUGAGGAAGCUCAUCAGUGACUUUGCGAUCAUCUUGACCAUUCUUCUCUUCUGCGGCGUGGACGCCUUUGUCGGUGUGGACACUCCAAAGCUCAUAGUGCCAAGUGAAUUCAAGCCCACGAGUCCACUGAGGGGCUGGUUUAUUCCUCCUUUUGGAGGGAACCCUUGGUGGGUGUACCUGGCAGCCGCCCUCCCCGCUCUGCUGGUCACCAUUCUGAUAUUUAUGGAUCAGCAGAUCACUGCUGUGAUCGUCAACAGGAAAGAGCACAAACUCAAGAAAGGGGCAGGGUAUCACUUGGACCUGUUCUGGGUGGCCAUCCUGAUGAUGCUCUGCUCUUUCAUGGGCCUGCCGUGGUAUGUGGCUGCCACUGUCAUCUCCAUCGCCCACAUUGACUCCCUGAAAAUGGAGACCCAGACGUCUGCCCCCGGGGAGCAGCCUAAAUUCCUGGGCGUCAGAGUAUUGUUGGCUUAUGACUGUGCCAAGCAGUUAAUUGCAUUAAUUUUGGAUUCCCAGUUUAUUCCCAUGCCCGUUCUCUAUGGUGUGUUCCUCUACAUGGGCGUGGCAUCACUCAAUGGCGUCCAGUUCAUGGACCGCCUGCAGCUGCUCCUGAUGCCAGCCAAGCACCAGCCGGACCUGAUCUACCUGCGACACGUCCCCCAGAGACGCAUCCACCUCUUCACCUUCAUCCAGGGCCUGUGUCUGGCCCUCCUCUGGAUCCUCAAGUCGACCGUGGCUGCCAUCGUCUUCCCUGUCAUGAUCUUGGCACUGGUUGUGGUGCGCAAGGCCAUGGACUACGUGUUCUCCCAGCACGACCUCAGCUACCUGGACGACGUCAUUCCAGAGAAAGACAAGAAGAAGAAAGAGGACGAGAAGAAAAAGAAAAGCAAGAAGAAGGGAAGCAUCGACAGUGAAAUUGAAUUUUCUGACUACCCCUACCAUGAAAAUGUCCCCAGUAUAAAAAUCUCUAUGGAAAUGAUGGAACAGGAGCCCAUGCUGGGGAAUAAAUCUUUGGAUAGAGAUCAAUCCCAGACUUUCCUUAACCCGCAUUCGCCGUUUCGUAAGACGUCACGUUUAUGUUACGCAAUAUCUCCUCCUCCCUCCAGUCUUGACAGAGAGUCAUACACAAAAGGCUUGCCUCAGAUUCGAAUAGGCCGGGACUCUGAGGAUAAUGGUUUCUUCUGGAAGAAGGGCUCUGAAACCGAUCUGUGAAUGAAUCCUCCAAAGAUACAACAUAACAAACAUAACCACCCUCUUUUCUACUAUAGAACCGCUUCAUAACGGUAUUUUUAGUAUUAUCCCUCGUUAGGAUUUCAAUCCGAGCGGCUGGAAGUAUUUGUCUUAAAUUUGAAACACUUUGCUGGUACUGAAUUUUAAUGAUCUUCAUCUGCGGGUUUUCCUGCAGAAAAACAAAAGGGCUACUCAAGGUCGUCUGUAUGAAGUUUUUAUGGGACAUUAAUGUCUUAUUAAUGUGCAUGCUAAUAAUUUAUUAAUCAUACAACUGAAGAUGUACAAUGUAUAAUCAUCCGUGAGGUCCAGGAUACAGUAGGUUAGUAGAAUACAGAUGGCUCCAUACCAUACACACCAGGUUUUAUUCAACUCUGUACAUAUCCAGAGGUGUUCCCCACAGGUUGUUUUUUUUUUUAAUUUUUUUUUUUAUUGUAGAUUUCUCCAGAGAACACCAAACACAGUCAGCCUCUUUUCUGGUAGUACUGUUUUUAUAGUAGUUAUGUUUUUUAAUGUUCCAUGCAAGUUUUAAGUCAUAACUACUGGAUGUUUAAGAUGAAAGCAUACUGGAGGUACUGCAUUUAGAGGCGAGCACAGGGAAUACACACGAGAAAUCUCCUCCUUUUACUUGUAGCUGAACAAAAGGGCUACGAGAGGUCACCUGUGCACAGUCACGAGCGGACAUUCAUUUUGUGCUAUGGGCAUCUUAUAUACAUAUAUUAUUUAUCAAGCAUCCAUCUAAGGCUGCGUAAUCAUAAAACACAUCCAGAAGAUAAUGUAUGAAUACAAAGUUCGUUUCAGUAUGGUAAGAAGUAAAUGGUUCAACACCAUACAGACCAGAACUUCUAUUUUUGUUUCAUAAUCCUCCUUUUUUUUCCCCUCCUUUUUUAUAUAUUUAUUAUAUUUAUAAACUCAGCAAAAUAAUUUUGCUGUCUGAGUCUUGACACUUUACCAUUUAACUUACCCAUUUGUGCAAAUUCUCUCUGUGGUCUCUGUCCACUCAGCUCUCAUUUCCCUGUUUUAGGGAGAUAUAGAUGUAUUGGACCUGUAUGUAGCUCUACCUCUUAUUUUCUGUAGGUGCCAGGCAUUAUGUAUUAAAGCAUCUGUUGUGCAAUUAUUUGUGAUCAAACACCGUUUUUUCUUUUUUCUUCAACUGGCACUGCAUAGGAUCUUUGAAUAUUCACGUUCCUUUGUUGUUCUCUGACACUUCAGAUAUUGUCAUUAAUAAUUAUGUAAGAUUUUGCAGUGUUUUAAAGGGUAAUUCCACCAAAAUUACAUUUUAGGUUUUUCCAUCCUAGAAGCAAAACCUGUUAAACUUUUGUUGAAACUGUCUCUAAAGAUACAGGAAAAAUGAUAAAAAUGAUAAACAUCAAUAAAACAUCAUUUUUUUUGAUGAUCCAUGUUCCGAAGUUGCAGAAGAGUGAUGGCUUGUCCCUUUCUAACGCAUCUGAAUGAAAGUAGUUUAAUGUCCUCACACACUUGACCAUGCACUCAACCCUAAAAGUCUAUUUUGAGUUGAAUUUUCCUUUAAAAUGUGAUCAUAUUUAAAAACUGUCAAUGUGAUACAUCUUUGAGUACAUUUUUAUUUUUAAAUCAUGUAAUCUUUUUUUUUUUU